AGACGCAAGUCAGUCUUAAAACAACCGACAAGUGAACCACUUUGGAGCCAUGAAAAGCGGUCGUGUUAUAAAUCACGGUGCUCUUAAACAUCUCGGCGUGUUGCUUUUAGUUUUGCCAUGUAUUGCUGUGAUGAAUCGACCAUCUGUCAAAGUGACUACCAAAAUAGGUAGGGUAGUCGGCACCGAAGAAACAGUCGGACCUGAAGAUGGAUUUUCGAUUGAAAACAAUGGGCGCAAAAGAAUUUUUCAUUCGUUUCGUGGAAUUCCUUAUGCAAAACCUCCCAUCGGAGAACUACGUUGGAAAGAUCCAGUCCCGUUCGGCUCAUGGCCAACUGAUUUGGAUGGGACAAACUUUGGAAAUCCCUGUCCCCAAUUCGAUAGAGUUACGGGUCAAGUGAUGGGCAAUGAAGAUUGUCUCUUUCUCAACGUUUUCACCCCCUUCCUUUCAAUUUCAGGUCGGGCAGAAACAAUUCAGGACGAUGAAAUUAUUCGGCAAGAACAUCAACUUCCGCCGAAACCACUGUUCCCCGUCAUGGUUUGGUUUCACGGUGGCGGUUACGUGAGAGGAGGUUCUCAUCAAUUUGGACCUGCCUUUAUGAUGCGAGAAGAUAUUGUUUUGGUGACAGUCAACUACCGUCUUGGAGUGUUAGGAUUUUUGAGCACCGGUAACAGAAACCUUCCGGGAAAUUACGGAAUGCUGGAUCAAAUUGAAUCUUUAAAAUGGAUCCAAAGCCAUAUAUCCAGUUUCGGUGGAGAUCCGCAGCAGGUAACGAUUUUCGGAGAGUCUGCAGGCGGAGCAAUCACGCAUUUGUUGGCAUUAAGUCCACUAACGACAGGAUUAUUCCAAAAAUUCAUUAGCCAAUCGGCCAGUGCCCUUUGCGAUUGGUCAAUAGAGAAGUCUCCAUUAGAGUAUGCUUGGCAAAUAGCUGAAGGUCUACAAUGCUCCGGUCAUUUGGACUCGGCCCUCAAUUGCCUAAAAAAUCAAAGUGUCGAGCAAUUGAUUCGCAGGCAAACGGAUUUGUUGCAAUACAGCCUUUUUCCAGUAAGAUGCGCACCUGUAAUAGAUGGUGGAUCGAGAGACCAUCCCUUCCUACCGGAAUUACCACAAGAUAUCAUAAAAAAUCGACGAUACAAUCCUUUACCCAUGAUGUCUGGUUUGAAUCCCGAUGAAGGCCUCUUGUUCUAUUUAUGGAUUCAUUAUGAGAACAUGGCCAAAAUGUCAAGUAAGACCUUCCUGGAACACGAACUCGUUCCCGGAGUGAUUGCUUCUAUGAUUAAAAAUGCCACCCAGUUAGACUCAAUUGUAAAAAUAAUUCAAGAGCAAUACUUCGGCAACAUCGAUUACAGCGAUUCGAAGCAUUUCGUUCCACGCUUUUCACAGUUGAUUGACGACGCUGCGUUCACGUCGUGCGUAUAUUCCGCUCAGCUAUUGCACGCAAAUUCUUCAUCGAUCCCAUCGUACGCGUAUCUCUUCAGCUACAAAGGCGAAACCACUCCAUCAUAUUCAGCAGCUUUUGCUAAUCUUGUCAGAAUGUCUGGAUUUGAUCAUCCCAUUGUAAACAGAGCUGUAACGCAUGCCGACGAGCUUCUUUAUUUGUUCCGGAUGGCAGGACUUAAUGCUGGUUACUCGCCAAGGGAUAUGCAAAUGUCUCAAAUAAUGACGAGACUAUGGACCAGCUUCGCCAGGACAGGUAAUCCGCUGGCGGAAUGGCCCCAUCCGGAGGUGAUUGCAAAUUGGCCACACGUUUCUUUACGCAACGGUUUAGAUGGCAUCUUGUACUUGAAUUUGGAUCUUCCCGUAGCUGCUCUCGGCCUCGAUUUUCGCAGAGCAGAGCACAACUUUUGGAUGAACGUCGUACCUCAUAUCCGCACCGCAACAGCAACUUCAAAUUACAAAAGCUUCGAAUGUCUUACAGCUCUUUGGUCAUUAUUAAGUUUGCUAAUAGCUUCUCUCAUCAUCAUCGUAUUGCUUUCCUGUGUCAUAGUCUUAAACAAACGGAAACGUCGAUAUCCCGAACGAGGAGUCGUCCUGCAACGUAAUAAUUGAUUUUUGGGAUUAUAUAUAGUCAGUGCAUAAUGAAUAGUGAAUUGCAUAUUUUAAAUGCUGUCUAUCUAUAGAAAAAUUGGCUAUCACGCCAUGUGUUCUUAGCG